AUGGGCAAUUGUCUUGCAAUGGUAUGUCGCCGCUGUGCCCCCGGUCGAUUGCUACGUCGAUGUUGUCCUUGUAUCUAUCGGUGUCUUUACAGCAGGCAUAAUGAAUAUUUCUUUCUGAAAUUCAUCUUCGGAAUCGUUGUUGGAACAGGAUUUGGAGCAGCUCUCCAUUACACUGUGAUCAAUAAGCUUCCUUAUCCGUGGUUUGAAAGAUCUGUCCUCGGUGGUACCAUCACCAUUCUUGCAGGUUUAGGGUUCGGUGUCUCCGUACAGAUACGAUGCAUGCUGUGUCUCGUCCUACCACACUUCUUUGGCAAGAACGGGCGAGGCAUUCUCACAUCUCUCGCCGUCGUUUACUUGAUGGCCGGUCCAAUAAAAAACAUAUUGGACAACGGGCAAGAAUCGGCCCGUUCAAUCUCUUGCACAGCUGCGCUGAGUUUCAACCAUAGCAAGGAGAUAUUUGACUUGCUUCACAGACCAUUCACAAACGCCUUUAGAAAUCUGGAGCUGCAAAAAGAUGACAUUGAAGCCCUAGCGGAUAAGGUUAAGGCCAAGUUCAGGAGCUUCCAAGAUGAACUCGAAAGGAAGGUGGAGGGCCGGAAAGAAAAGGAACAAGAGGACUAUGGCAAAAAGAUGGAAUUUAGAUGUGAAGAUAUAUUUUCGAAGAGUGUGGACAAGUGCCGGGAUGUAUUUCGUGAUAAGGAGAAGGAUUGCUACAAAGCAUUGAAGGUUCCAGGGGUGAAACACUUACUGUGCUUGCCUCUCAAGAUGACAUUCUUAUGUCGUAUAUUUCAAGUAUUUGAUUUUAUGUGUGAUAAAGCACCAGUGGAUACAAACGGCUUGAUGGAUACCUACUAUGAAACCAAAAGGGCCUUGAAAAAUUUUGCCAACAAUUUCAAGGCCGACCUAAAAUGGCAGGUGACCCAGUUGCUGUCACUGGUUGAAAGAGUGUCUGUUCAAGAGCUCCAAGCCGCUGUCAACCACGAGAUCGCAAGGAAGAAGCUUUGGUUUGAUCUCAUCAUCGGUAUCACCAGAGCCGUACUCUCUGUCACGUUCAUCUUGGUCUUCAAGAGUGCAUUUGAAUACAACAACCGAUAUCUACGAGAAAUUCGCUUCGACAAUGUUUAUAUGACGUCAUACUUUAUGAAAAUAGAUAGAAGACGACGAAGAGAGGGUCGGAAGUCGUUGUUGCCGUUGAAAAAAUCAGAACAGAAGGAAUUAGUCGAACCAUUCAAAUGUAAACUGCAGAAGGCAGAGAAAGGAAAAUUUCUGAAGAGUAUCCUUCGCUUACUCCCUCAAAUCCUCGUCACCAUCUUCAUCAUCGCCAUUGAUUACAUCUUCUUCUCCGCUCUCGAUCUUAUUCAACGUCAUAGUCAGGUGGAUUUUAAAUUCAAUGAUUGUUUGCCCGUACCAAAUAAAGUGAAGAGAAGUACCAAUAUCCUCAUAAUGGGUCUAUGGAUGUCAGUAUUAGCUCUCCUCUACUUUGAAGCAUAUGGCUUGAGAAUCAGAAGGGUGAUAUGUGCUUUCUUUUAUCCAAAGAGGGAGAAGAAGCGAGUGCUGUUUCUAUACAACGAGAAUCUCAAGAAAAGAGCGGGAUUUCUUCGACAUGCUCGCAGAAAAGUGCGUCGUAUGGUUAAAGAACAAAACCUCUUGAAGGAAAUUGGCAUCCUAGCUGAGCUGCGUCACAGCUACCCUCGAAUGUGUGGCUGGUUGUUUCGACUUGGAUUAGGAAAGAAAAGAUGUCUUAUAUGUGCUGAGGUGGAGAGUAAGGGAGCCAGGCACUGCAAGAACAGAAGAUGUACUUUUAUGUAUUGUCGACAGUGUUAUGACGAUGUUCAGGGUGUAUGCUACGCAUGCACGGCAGUCUCUGACUCGGAUGACGAGUCAAGCUCAGAAUGGGAUAUAUGA